UCGGGCUGCUGCUGCUGCUACUGCUGUCAGUGCGGGGGAGGCAGCACGGUGCGGAGUCGGGGGGGCAGCAGAGGCAGGACACAUGUAAGCAGACGCAGGAUCUUGUGAUGUGCAUCUACCUCCGACGCACCAGCAAAUCAAAAUGAAUCAGGAUGCAAUAAAGUACCAAGAAGCAGCCGAGUCAUUGGCUGACGUGCCUGAACAUGUGCUGAGGGGGCUUCCUGAGGAAGUGACUCUUUGUCCGUCUUCUGUGGAUAAGCUGAGACUCGGUGUUUGGUCCAGGAAGCCUCUCCCAAGAGGGAAGAAAUUUGGACCUUUUGUUGGGGAGAAGAAGAAGAGGUCUCAAGUGAAGAACAAUGUGUACAUGUGGGAGGUGUAUUACCCAAACCUGGGCUGGAUGUGUGUUGAUGCCACUGACCCACACAAAGGAAACUGGCUGCGCUAUAUAAACUGGGCUCGCUCAGCAAAGGAGCAAAACCUCUGCCCUUUGGAGAUUAACAGGGCAAUAUACUACAAGACCCUCAAGCCAAUUGAGCCAGGAGAGGAGCUGCUAGUCUGGUACAAUGGAGAAGACAACCCGGAGAUAGCAGCUGCUAUUGAGGAAGAGAGGGCUGCAAGCCACCGGAGCAAGAAAAACUCACCCAAAUCCAGGAGGGGCAGGAGGAGAUCCUUUCAUGGUAAAAAGAAAUUAAAUCAAAAUAAAGAAGACAAGAAGAGCAGCCCCGAGGUUGGUUCAUUCGAGAUGAAGGAUUCCUCAGAUGCUCCUAAUGAAGAUGAUACCAAGCCUCUAGGCUCCCCUGUCCUGUCUCUAGAACAAACGGCUGUGAUUCAAGAAAUGGUGAAUCAAAAUGUCCUGCCAGAGACAAUAUCCAUCACAGCUUCUGAACUGCAUAAAUUGCCAGACAACAGGGGUGUCGAAGAUGCUACCACUGAUUUGGAGCUCGCUGAUGACUUGCAAAGGGAGAGUUCGGAGAGAGAUUCUAUUAAUCAGGAAGAAGAGAGUCCAGAGAUGCUUGAUGACCUUCGAAGCACAUCUGAUGAGACUCCCGAAGGUUCACCAAAGAAGAAGUCCCUUAAAAUUUCUAAACCCAAAUUAGAUGUUAACGGGGAGCUUCCUGAGGGUUCUAUGUUUCCAUGCCAGCAUUGCGAAAGGAAAUUCACCACGAAACAAGGGCUAGAGAGACACAUGCACAUCCACAUUUCCACAAUCAACCAUGCAUUUAAAUGCCGAUACUGUGGAAAGGCAUUUGGAACCCAGAUUAACCGCAGAAGGCAUGAGAGGCGCCACGAAGCUGGCCCUAAAAGGAAAACAUUAAUGGUGUCAUGUUCCAGUGAACUUGGACAGUCUCACAAACAUAUCAUUGAUUCUCUUAAAUCCAGUGAUGAAUACAGCAGCUCUAGACUGCAGUGCAAAAUGACAGAUUCUGACCGAGAGACAUCACAUUCUGUUCUCUCUGAAGAAAAUGGAGAAUCAAGCCGAGAGCUUCACCCAUGCAAGUACUGUAAGAAAGUGUUUGGAACUCACACAAACGUGAGGAGACACCAGCGCAGAGUUCAUGAACGGCAUCUUAUUCCGAAGGGAGUGAGGCGAAAAGGGCAUCUUCUGGAAGAUCCACACCUUAAAUCAGAGCAGUCCCCACAAGUCGAAAACAUUUACGUAGCAAGUACAGAAAUGGAGGAUGAAGGGGAAGCAGAUGACGUCUACAUCAUGGACAUCACCAACAACAUUUCUGAAAACCUUACCUACUUCAUAGAUGGCAAGAUACCAUCAUGUAGCACAAAUACUAGUUGUGAUGCCCUAGAAGUGGAGGCAAGUACAACUGACGUCUUAGGAAUCAAUUGCUUGCUUACUCCAAUCAAGGUUGAAGUUUCACAAAACAUAAGACCACUGCAGACUGCAACUGAUAAUGCAAAUCCAGUAAGCGACUCUUCCUGCAGUGGGAUUUCAGAACCAAAAAGAAGAAGAACCGUCAGCCCUCCUUUGCUGACAAAAAUAAAGACUGAAGUUGACCUUGAAGCAGUAACUCCCUCCUGUUCGUUGUCAAUUCCAUUAACUGUUUCUGUAAGCGAUAACUUGCCUUUCCAAAAGGAGAAACAUUUCUAUCUGUCUUCAAAGCUUAAGCAACUGCUGCAGACGCAGGAAAGCAACAAGUCUCCUGUUAGUCCAUCAUUGUUAUCGGAGAUCCCUAAGCUGAGCCCGGCUGUGUCUUCCAUACCAACAGCACCCAACAGAUUUAAAAGACGCACUGCUUCUCCUCCAAGUUCCCCACAGCACAGCCCAGCUCCAAAGGAAUUUGUUAAACAAGGAGAAGGAAAAACUUCUUGGAAUGAAGGACUUGGUACAAAAAUACCAAAGGUGGAAAGUCACAACAGUUCACCUGCCUGCAGUUUAUCUGGCAGAGAGGAAAGGGAGAACUUAAGUCCUUGUUGUGAAGAUCUAAAAGUUACUAAAGAGUGGACUCCAAAUAUAUCCUUUGGUAAUGUUUGCAACCAGCAACCCUUAGACUUGUCCAGUGGAGUAAAACAGAAAUGUGAAAGCAAGAGUCGCUCUCAGGUUCCUUGGGAAUCUGUGCUUGACCUUAGCAUUAAUAGGAAGCCUGUCUGUGAUGCUGAAGGAAAGGAUUACAAAGGGAAUAACUUAUGCAUUGGAGUCAAAAAGAAGAAGCCUACUACAUGUAUGUUAAAGAAGGUUCUGUUGAAUGAGUAUGAUGACUUGGAGGUACCUGGUGAAACUGCUUCGCAACCAGAUGCAGAUUUACUUUCCUGUAGAACAGAUGGAGGAGAACUUCUACCAGAACUGGUUGCUGGGUCAAGUGGUGAUAUUGCUUUUUCUCCGGAAGACGCUUCCCCCACUCCAGUUGAGAGCACCUGUACUCCAGUUUGCCAGUCCCCACCUGUUCUGACUCCUUCGGAAGCACCUUCACCUUCCCUGUGUACAACAUUUGUGAUGGACAUUACAUCUCCACCACCUCUUCUUACUACUAAUGUUCCUUCACUCCCAGAAUCUUCCUGUAGUGUACCACCCACUCCAUCAUGCCCAUCCCCUCUCUCUGUUAGCACACAGUCUCCACUUCCGGUUCUUUCGCGUACGGCGUCACCAACCCCUUCUCUUUCCCCUACUACUGAUGAUCCUUCUGGUUGUGCUUCACCUGGUCCUCCUACUCUGUCCUCCUCCUCGUCCUCUUCAUCAUCCUCUUCUUCCUGUGCUGCCUCAUCCUCUUCAUCAUCUUGUUCAUCUCCUCCUCCCUUAUCUGUGGUUUCAUCAAUUGUAUCUCCCUCUUUAAACUCGGAAUCCUCAGCAACCACAUUUGUUAAACAAGAAAAACAAGAAGAUGAAACUGCCUCUAAAGACUCUUCACAGUCAAGUCAUCGUGACUCAGUUUCCGAAGGUUUUAAUAAGACUUUUGUGUGCAAUGUUUGUGAAUCCCCAUUUGUGUCUAUUAAAGACCUUGCCAAACACCUUGUGGUGCACGCUGAAGAAUGGCCCUACAAAUGUGAAUUUUGUGUGCAGCUUUUUAAAGAUGCUUCAUAUCUUACAGAACAUCGCUCAGUGCUUCAUGGAGUAGGGAAGAUUUUUGUUUGUUCUUUAUGCAAAAAGGAGUUUGCUUUUCUUUGUAAUUUGCAACAACAUCAACAGGACUUGCAUGCUGAUAAAGAGUAUAGUCAUCAUGAACUUGAAAGCGGGUCUCUUCGGCCACAGAACUUUACUGACCCAACAAAGGCAAUUUUACUCCAAAAUCAAAGAAUGGAUGAGGAACCCAUGACUCCUGAGGAGGAUGGAGAUUUAAAUGACUCUUCUGAAGAGCUGUAUACAACAAUUAAGAUUAUGGCUUCAGGGGAAAAAUCGAAAGACCCUGAUGUACGUAUGGGUCUUAAUCAGCACUACCCCAGUUUCAAACCGCCACCGUUUCAGUAUCACCACAAGAAUCCCCUGGGUAUUGGUACAACUGCAACAAACUUUACAACUCAUAAUAUUCCACAGACUUUCUCUACAGCUAUACGUUGUACUAAAUGUGGAAAGGGUGUUGACAAUUUACCUGAGUUACACAAACAUAUAUUGGUGUGUGCAUCAGCUAGUGAUAAAAAAAGAUACACUCCUAAGAAAAACCCCAUACCCCUAAAACAGACUGUGAUGCCUAAAAAUAGCGUAGGGGUUGUGGUUCUUGAACCUGCCGAAAAUAAUUCAUUCCGAAGAAUGGGUCAACCGAAAAAGCUUAAUUUUACCCUGGAAAUCAGUAAAAUGUCUUCAGGCAAGCUCAAACUGGGUGCACUUAAAAGGAAAAACCAGCUCAUUCACAAAGCAAUAUUACAAAAGAAUAAGAAGGCCAGGCAAAAAUCGAGUCUAAGAUUUGGCAUGUCUGGUUCUUCUCAUGUUUGUCCAUACUGCAAUCGAGAGUUUACAUACAUUAAAAGUCUGGACAAACAUGCCUCUUUCAGUUGCCCAAAGAAGCCAGCCUCUCCAUCUACCAAAAAACACGCUACUAAACCACAGAAAAAGGCCACCUCUGCCAAGAAACACAAAAUCAGCAUUAUAAGACGGACAGCAGAUGCUGAGAUACAAAUGCAAACAACAGAAGCACAUUUGGGAAAAACUAGAGCGAGGAGCGUAGCACCCACGGCUCCGAUUCAGUUACCCACAAUUCCUAUUAAGACUAAGCAAACUGUAAAAGCUGGCCCUCUGGUCAAGUCCAAAAAGCAGAACGUGCCCAUUGUAAGAAACUCCAGCCCAGUGAGGAUAUCGAAGAGCCAAGCUGCUCAGGAUGGGAAAAAAACAAAGAAAAUUCCACUUCAGGUCCUACCACACGCUUUUGGCAAAACGGCGCAAAAGCUGCAUGUUAAAAUGCAAAAGAACAAGAUGGCAAACAAGCAGUUGGUAAAGAAAAAACUGGACAAGUUCAGCGGUAAAUCUAGAGAAAGGAUUGGUGGACCCAGGACACGCAGCUCAACAGACUUCCCUGACAGAAGAGAAGAUGGAAGACAAGAUUCUAGGAGCCUGUAUUAACAUGCACAUCCUCUAAAGA